GCCCGUUACUCUAUCUAUAGACCCAGAGCAGCUGUGAGCCAGACAGAAAGAGGCACCACGUCUUUUCCACUUUUCCACAGAAAAAUCUAAGAAACGUGUUUUGGUUCUAGUAGAGACAACAACUGAUGGAUACUUGCAAGUAGGGGUGUCCAUGUUUAACAUUUAGGGCUUUUCAAAAAUGGAUCGUUCUUGUGAAGAAAAGGCAACGCUUACCACAUCGCUUUGAACAGCAAAUACUCUUUAGGCUGGUGAAAGGAUCCUCACAGCGAACUUUAACAGAGGCCACAAGCAACAGUGGAUGGAGGGGUCUGGGAGUCCUCGAUUUGGAAAGCUUAAUUUCCCUGUGGGUUUGUGGAUUAACUCCCCAAGGAAACACUUUGCCAAGCUCGGAGGUCGCUGGCCCAGUGCUAUCUCUGUCAAGUCAACUACCAGUUCGGACGCAGCCUCACUCCACGAGGCCCCCUCUGCUCCUUCCUCAUCCCUGUCUAACUCCACUCCCUCACUGGCUUCCCCUUCCCCUUCCCCAUCUCCAUCACCGGCCUUCCUCAGGCCAAAGCCUGCAGCUCCCCAGUCUCGCACAAAGCGUAUUUCUCAGCUCUUCCUGCGGGGGCGCUCCAACAGUGAUCGGGACCGAGCAGUGGGAGAGAGGGAGAGAGAGCUUUGGGCUUCUUCUGCCACCCCCUCCUCCCAUCACUACUUGCCCCCAGCCUCUUCCUCUGCCCCGGGCCUGAUAAAGAUCUAUGGUGAUGCUCUCUCCAGUGGAGCCAACUAUCGCUCCCUGCUGGCUAACAGUCACUCCACAGCCAGGCAGCUCAUCUCCCAGGUCAUCACUCGCUACACUGAAAGAGAGAGGGAUGAGAACGAUGACGCAGUUCUCCAAAAGUACAGCCCUGAAGACUUUUUGUUGUGUGAUGUCAUUGGUAAGCCCGUCCAACAACCAGAUGGAGCUUUCAAGUGGGAGACAGAGUGCCGGAGAAGUGUUGCCCCAUGGGAAUGCCCUUUGUUGUUAGUGGACAUGUGGCGACCUAAGGAUGGAUUUGAGCGGCGCUUUGAAAUCCACAGGAAAGAGGACUAUGAGAGGGAGGAAAGGGAAAGAGAGCAGGAGCGUGAGAGGGAUGGGGAGAGCCACCAAGGCGUGCGCUGGAGGCGCUCCAGGAUGUCAUCUGGUGGUGGGCCAGAGGAGUGCGAGCGUGGACACCGUGGAAGAAACACAGAGCUUCGGAGGAGCAUCAGUGACAUGAACCUGAGUCUGCGUCGCCGCCAGCAAAACCAUGUCAGCAACGAUCCCCGAGGCUCAAGCAACUGCCCUAACAACAGCGGAACGGCACAGGACAGGAAGAACAUAGUGAGCAUGAUCAACCCACAGCCAGGAGAGGUGAGAGCAUCAAGAGCAGAAGCCAAAGUUGGAUGGACGAAUCAACCUGCAGACGACGAGAAGGAUUACUCCAACUGCGACCUGGAAGUGAUGUCACAAAGCCUAAUUCUUCCACCCACAGACCGGCCCUACUUCCUGUUGCUGCAAGGUUAUGAUCAGAGCAAGGAUUUUGUUUUGUACAUCAUGGCGGGACAUACGCAUGUGUUUGGGAGAAAGCCAACAAUGAGAGAAAGAGAGAAGGACAGGGAAAGAGAGAGGAAGGGUAAGAAGCCUUUGAAGGUGGACACAUUCCUGUCUGCUCCAGACAUUUUGGUCAGGCACCUGCUGGUUAGGAGAGACUCUGCAGUACCAGAGACCCCUACUGGACAAGCUCUGAUGCGGCCCUUUAGAGGAGGUGCAGUCACUCACAACGGAGCAGCUCUGUACAGGGAGACAGUCUUAAAGCCCGGGGAUGUGAUUGGUCUGGGGGACCACUUUCUUUUCCUGUAUCGUGACCCACGCGUCACUCCAGCGCCACCGCUCGCUCUGACGCUGCCAUGGCAGGCCGAUGCCUCCGCCACCUGUUGCCCUUCGGGGCUGGUGGACAGACAGGAGGCACUGAGGCAGUACCUUGGCUCCACAGAGGCGGCUUUGAAGUUCCACCCUCGUCAUGCAGACAGCUUGUUACAGGAGAUCAUUUCAAAAAAUUCCUCCCCAGACUCUGGUGGGGGGCCCUUAGCUCCUGCUUAUCUCCUGUCGAUCAUGAUAGAUCACGCCUCCAAACACCUGGACCCUGCUCUUACACCACAGAUCUUACUGAAGUCAGCAAAUCUAAUUAAAGAAAUUGUCUGGGAUAACAUAAAGGAAUUCGGGGAUAAGCAUCCCACGCAGAACUCGACGGAACAAGAAGGAGAGAUAAGCACACCGAACGUUCAAAAACUGUCGUCUGACCUGCGACCCCUCAUGUUCUGGAUGUCAAAUGCCACGGAGCUCCUUAACUUCUUUCAGGUCAAAGUUGAAGUUAUGGAGAAGGAGUGGGAAUUUGAAGCCCCUGGAGAUCCGGUUCUGACGGCUGAUAUGGACACCUGUUCAGAAGCCCUGGCACAGCUGGAUGACGUGAUCAUGCACACCUUCCAGCAGUGUGUCUAUCACCUUACCAAGACCCUUUACUCCCUUCUUCCAGCCCUCCUGGACACCAACCCAUUCUCCAGUGAAGAGAAAAAGAAAGAAAAGGAGGAACCCCGAGGUGCAGAGGGAGAAGAGAAAAAAGUGGGAGAUGGAGAAGUGGAUGACGUGUCUACCUUGCCUCCCAAGGUUGCAGGAUUGGUGGAAGUGUAUCGCUGCUCCCUGAUGUUGUCUCGAGAGGCCUGUUUGUCUCCACCACUAACUUCUCAAACCUUUGGCUACCUCUUCUUCUUCACCAACACCUCCCUGCUUAACACUUUACUGGAGAGAGAUGAGCUGUUUUCGUGGUCCAGAGCAGUCCAGAUCCGAACCAACUUGGAUCUUGUUUUAGACUGGCUCCAGGGGGCAGGUUUAGGAGACAUAGCCUCUGAGUUCAUGAAGAAAUUAUCUAUCACAGUAAACUUUUUGUGUAUUCCCAAAACUCGACUUAUCCAGUCAUCCUGGGCUAGUCUACAGGAGGACCAUGCUUUGUUAAGUUCUGCCCAGCUCCAUCAUCUGCUCACACGUUACAAGCUGGGACCGACUAGAGCCCCCCCUGCAUCCUGGUCACCUCCAGCCGGCACAGAGCUGAGUGGAGACAUCUUUGAGAGCUUUCUGGAUCACCCACCUCUCAUUCUCCCAAAUGAGACUCCCCGUCUUGACCUCUCCCAGCCAAUCCCAAGCCCAGAGCUCCAGAAGGAAGUUACACGGCUCCGUACCUUCUUGUGGGGACUUGACCAGGAUGAGCUCCCAGCCAAUCAGAGGACUCGGCUUUGAAGAAGCCCAUAUUUGUCUCUCAAUGGAUGUCUAACAGAAGUUGAGAGGGAAAAAAAAAGAAGACAUAUCUCUAGAAAUAAGAAAAAAACAAUGUGACACUUUUCUGAUUUGUCUGCCUACUUUUGUCUUUCAUGACAUCUUCAUAUCAUUUUAUGUAGUCGUUUAGAUAAUUUCAAGUAAUACAGAUGUACUGGCUUUAACAAAUCUUCAUAAAGAUUUACUGAAAAUCAGAUAAUAAAACUCUAUGUUUGUCUGGUCAGGUAGUGUUUUGCCUUCUUGGCUUCCAUGUAUGCUUUCAGACUACUCCUUUUUGAUAAAAUGCUGACUUCUAGGCUAACA